AUGAGUAGCAAACCCUCACCUGUGUAUAUUCCAAAGGCUAAAUCGCCAGCUGCUGCAGCCGAUACUACACAAUCAUCAUCAUCAUCAUCAACACCAUCAGCUCCUAAACCAACACCAGCACCAGCUGCUUCAAGUACUAGUACUACUACUGCAAAUGGCAAAUCACCAACAGAAAAGAAGGAAAAGAAGGUCUAUGUAAAGAAAGAGAAACCUCCAAGAACAUCAUCUUCAUCUUCAUCACAAGACAAGGAGCAAAAAGAGAAAGAUUCUACUACUAGUACUACUAGUACUACAUCUACUACAGCACCAAAAGAUGUAAAGGAAAGACCACCAAAGAAACCUAGAGAACCUAAGCCUAAAAAGGCUGCUGCUAGUGUUCCCACUACUACAUCUUCUCCACCAGAUGCUGUUGCUAGUACAUCAACUACUACUACUACCACUUCAACAACAUCACCUUCAGUAUCUACUACUACUACUACUCCAUCAAAACCAGCACCAAAACCAAAGAAAGAAAGACCUUCAAAACCACCAAAGAAGGAUGAAAUCAAGAAAGAUGAUGAUAAUAAACCAACAGUAGCUACAUCCAAACCACCAAAGAAAGAGACAAGGGAACCAAAAGAGCCAAGAGAACCCAAACCAAAAAGAGAAGCAAAACCAAAAGCAAUCUUUACAAAGAAGGAUUCAGAGGCUGCCAAAGAAGAGGAAAGAAAGAAAAAAGAGGAACAAGAACGAUUGGAAAAGGAACGUAAAGAGGUCGAGGAGAAAAAGAGAUUAGAAGAGCUAGAGAAAAAGAAAAUUGAAGAGGAGAAAAGAUUGGAAGAAGAAAGAUUGGAAAAAGAGAAACAAGAAAAGUUAAAUCAAGAAAGAUUACAAAGACAAAGAGAAGAAUUACAAUUAAUCUCACAAAUUAGAUCAGAGAAUCAAAUGGUCAAUAAGAAUCCAUCAUCUAGAAAUGCAUUGAUGGCCAAGUUGGACAGUAGUUUUAAGAGAAUAUCAAACUUUUUGAAAAAGAUGAAAGUGAUUUCAGAUAUUGAAAACAAGGAAUCAUUGCUCAAUGAGAUUGCACAACUCAAUCUCCAACAAUACACCACCGAGAUUGUACCAUCGAUUAUAAAGUCAUCUUUCAAGACGACCGAUAUUCCAGUGAUUGUUCGUAUCUUUUCACUGUUGCAUCAGAGAUAUGAAGGUGUCGAUGCAUGUAUUCAAGAGUCGUUGUUCCAACUCUUCCAACCACUUGGACUAUCGAUUAGCGAACCCGAAGCUGAACGCAACCAAAAGAUUGUAAAGAGACGUAAUGCGAUUAGAUUGAUACUCGAUCUCUACUAUGUCGACAUUCUCCACUCUUUUUCACCGGUCCUCAAACUUGUAGGAAAACUAGCCAACUCUCAAACAUUUGAACAAGACAAAGAACUUGGUUAUCCAUCAUUGGUCGUAUUAUCUAGUUUUGUUCGUCCAAUUACUUUUUAUAUUGGUUUAAACAAAAAUAAGAAUCAAAAUUUAGGAUUACCAGAUAUUUAUUCAAAUAUAUUGUCUAUUGAAGAACAAACAGCUAUCAAGGAUAUAAUAACUGGUUACUAUACAAAGAUUUGUGAUUGUAUUCAAAAGGAACAACAAUUAUUACGUGAAAAAGAAAAGGAAAUGAGAAGUAUAUUGGUAACAAAGGGUGAGUUGACAGAGGCAUUCCAAGCAUCGUAUGAUCUAAUGAGAAAGAAUUAUGAAAAGUUAAUUACCAAUGCUACCACUUAUGCUGAUCUCAUUGGUGCACCUCUACCAUCAAAUGAUUAUUCUACAAAGUCUGAAAACUCACAAAACGAUCAAAAACAAUCCGAUCAAUUGGAAACUUUUAGUUCACCAUUUGAAACUGAUGAACAAAAGAAAUUCUAUGAAGAAUUAUCACCAUUACCAAAAGAUGAUAAGAAACCAUCAGCAGCUACAUCAACAACUACAACUAUUACUACAACAACAUCUUCACCACCAGUUACUCCUUCUACUACCACAACAACAGAAGAGACAGUUGUUGAAAAGAAACCAGAAUUGACAGAUGCAGAGAAAAAGGCAAUUAAAGCAAAGAAUAAUUUAAUGUUUGAAGAGUUGAUUCAAAAAUUAAAAUCAUCAACUUUAAAGAUUUCAACUAUCGAUCAAGCCAUCAACAUGUAUCUCAAACUUAAUCUUAAACCAACUAAAAAGAAGAUUUUGACCAAUAUUCUCACUCAGUCUAGACAAGAUCAAAUCCCAUUCUUUGCAAGAUUUGUUGCUACUUUAAAUCAAUCAUCUCAAAAUAGAGAUUUUGUUCAAGGACUUUGUCAACAUAUUGAUGAAGAAUUGACAAGUUUAAUUGAAAAGAAAGAACAAAUUCAUUUAGCUGUUAAAAUUAGAAAUAUUUCAUUUAUUGGAGAAUUAAUUAAAUUUAAAGUAUUACCAAAUACAACAGCAUUUAAUUAUUUGAAACUUUGUUUUGAUGAUUUUACUCAUCAUAAUAUAGAUAUUGCUUGUACAUUAUUGGAAGUUUGUGGUCGUUAUCUUUAUAGAUUGGCAGAAUCACAAUUUAGAUUAAGAAAUAUGUUGGAUAUUAUAAUUAGACACAAGAAUGCAAAGGUAAUGGAAAUUAGACAAGAAUCAAUGAUUGAUAAUGCAUAUCUUACAUGUAGACCGGCUAUUGUAAUCACCAAACAAGUUGAUCCAGUCAAACAAUUUGCAAAGUUUUUGAUAUUCCGAUUCUUGGCCGAUGAUGCUACUGCAAAGACUGUAUGUGAAAAGUUGUAUCAAUUCCCAUGGCCAUCGUGUCAAGAGUAUCUUUGCAAAUACUUUUUGGCAGUACAAAAGCAAAAGUUUGGCAAUAUUUAUUUGGUGGCUGAUAUUCUCUACCGUCUCAAACGUUGUUACCCCUCGUUUGUGCGUACUGUAGUAUGGCGUCUGUUGGAGGACAUUACGGUUGGAUUUGAACGCAACGACUUUAGCCAAAACCAAAAGAGAAUCAUGCAGGCUACUUUGUUUGGUGAGUUGUACAACUCGUGUCUACUCGACACUUAUCAUAUCUUUUCAUUGUUGAUUGGUGCCCUCGAGUAUGGGUACAGUACUAUUCACUUGUUCCCAGUCAAUGCAGAUGUUGAAAAGGAGAUUUUGAUGAAUCGGUAUACUCCCAAGGUCGACGAGUUUGAUGCACCCAACGACAGCUUCCGUGUGCGUUUCAUCUGCAGUCUCAUCCUCGUCUGCAAGGACUGUUUCUACGACGAAGAGAUUGCCAACCAGCUCAAACCAUAUCUCGUGUUUUUACAGCGUUACGCAUUCACCAAGCAGCUGUCGAUGGAACUCGACUUUAUGCUCACUGACUGUAUGUCGAUCGUACCCGGUAUGAAGGUCUACAAGACAUGGGAAGAAGCCAACGAAGAAUGUCUCAAAAUUGGUAGUAUCUUUAGUUUGCUAAACGUCAACAACAAGACCAACAAGAAAAAGACGGAAAAGGAUGUUGCCAAGACCAACGCAAACGGCGACGAUGAAGACGACGGACAAUCUUUGUCGCGAAAGGGUCACCGAAGAAAGGAGCAAGUCAUGGCUGCCUCUGAGGAAGAUGAAAAAGCCAAGACCGAGGAGACACUACAACGCGAAAAGGAAGAAGAAGCAGCUUACCUCUUUUACAAACAACAACAAGAAGAAACAGAAGAGGAUUUGGAAUUCAUGAGAGAGUUUAAGAAAACAAUGCAAGAAAGUGUCGAUUCGAGAAAGAAUGAAAAGAUCAAAGUCAGUUUACCAUCGAUUCAUCAUAAUAUUGGAUCAAAUAGUCCUACAAAUAAUGAUAUUUCACCUCCAUUGGCUCCAAUGAUAAUGCCAAUGAUGAUGAUGAUGGGCGGUGGUAGUGAAAGAGGUAUUGGUGGUAGUUUAUCACCACAACCAUCAACAUCAUCAUCUUUCCAACAACAACAACAGUCACCCAUUAAAUUACCUACACUUUCAGGUGGCGGAUUUGGAGAAGGAAUGAUCAAUUCAGAAGGAAAAAGAGUACCAUUCCAAUUGUUACUCAAAAAGGGUAAUAGAUCAACAGCCAAAACAAUCGAUAUUCCAGAAGACACUGAAUUUGUUGCUCAAAUUAAAUUGGCCAAAGAGGAAGAAGAAAGAGUGAUUCAAGAAAACAAGAAAUUGGUUUUAAAGAUGACUCAAAAUACUUAA